AUGGAACCUAACAGUGCAUGGCUCGAGAAGGGCACGCGCUCGAGCUCAUCGCGCACUAAGUGGAUCGUAAUUGGCUCCAUCGUCGGUAUCGCGGCCAUCAUCGCCGUCGCUGUUGGCGUCGGCGUCGGUGUGGCGAAGAGCAAGUCGCACGACAACAAAAAUCUGGACGCCAGCAACCCCAGCGGCCAGUCCAGCUCGGGCGAUCCAAGCCAGUUUACGAAGAACAGCGCAUUGAAGCAGAGCUUCUACGGGAUUGCCUAUACUCCGGAGGGUUCUCAACUGCCCAAUUGCGGAAACAAUCUCGAGCAAGUCAUCACUGAUAUUCAGCUGCUUUCGCAAUUGACGACUCGCCUCCGUCUUUAUGGAGCCGACUGCAAUCAGUCUGCGCUCGUUCUCGAGGCGGUCAAGCAGACGAAGGUGAAUAUGACUGUCUACCUUGGAAACUACAACGUCCCAACCGAUGGUGGCGCGGCAUACGUGCGCCAGAGGGAUGUUAUCAAAGACGCCAUUCAGACCUAUGGCACGGACCACAUCGGUGGUAUCACCGUUGGAAAUGAAUUCAUGCUCAACUGGUUAAACUCUCAAAGUGCAACCGCGGACGCCGUAAAUACUGCUGUUGGCAACGCCGGAGCCGAGUUGCUCAUUCAAAACAUCACGGAUACCCGAAACAUGCUCAGUAGCAUGGGUGUCAGCCUUCCAGUUGGUAACUCUGAUGCCGGCUCGUUCUUCAACAACGAGAUCCUUGCCGCCGUUGAUUACGGGAUGGCGAACGUACAUCCGUGGUUCGCGAACACGUCGAUUGACAACGCCGCUGGCUGGACUGCCGAGUUCUUCCAAGACACUAACAUUGCCCAGGCGAAUCAAGUGUCGAACAAGCCGCAUAUGUACAUUGCGGAGACCGGGUGGCCAACGAAAUCAUCGGACGCUGGCAACGCAAAUAACGGUGCAUCUGAUGCAUCCAUACCGAAUUUGCAAAAGUUCCUGGAUACGUUCGUUUGCCAGGCAAACACGAAUGGGACGGGAUACUUCUUCUUCGAGUACUUUGAUGAGGUGUGGAAGGAUCAGCAGUUUGGCGGUGUUGAAGGCUGGUGGGGGUUGUUCAACUCGGAUCGUACGUUGAAGGAUAUCACGAUUCCGGAUUGCUCGCAGCAAUCGUCCUAA